UGUGUCUGGAUUGCAGGUCCUUCCACUCUGCAGGCCAAGAUGUUUUGUCAACGUGAAGCAGAACGAUGCACUGGUGCGUCCUGGCAGUUUGUCAUUAGUGGAGAGGAAUCCCUCCUCUUCGAUGCGAUGAACAUGACCUGGACAGUAAUUAAUCAUGAAGCCAGCAAGAUCAAGGAGACACAGAAGAAAGACAGAGGGCUGGAAAAGUAUUUCAGGAAGCUCUCAAUGGGAGACUGCAAUCACUGGCUUGGGAAAUUCGCAGAGCACUGGGAGGCAAUGCCAGAGCCGACAGUGUCACCGGUAAAUGCUUCAAAUAUCCCCUGGUCUUCCUCUAGCCAACAAACUCUAACGAUGAUCCUGGGGGUAUUAAUCUUGUUAGUCAUCAUGGAAAUUUACAUCUACAGAUGA